AUGCUCGCUCGCUGCACUCUCUCACUCACGGCGCUCGCCGCAGUCUUGCUGCUGUCCAGCGCAGCACUCGGCGGCAACUACACACUCCGCGAGGAGAUCUCCGGCCAGCAAUUCUUGGAGCGGUUCUGGUUCUGGUCGUACAACGACCCAACACACGGUACUGUUGACUAUGUCGAUCAGUUUACUGCCGUCUCGAACGGCCUUGCGACUGUCAACGCGAAUGGAGCCUUCGUCAUCCGCGCAGACAACACCACUGUAGUGCCACCAGGGCAAGGUCGAAGGAGUGUACGUCUGCACAGCAGACGUCUGAUGAGCGACGGCAUCCUCGUUGGCAAGAUCUCGUUCAUGCCGCAAGGCUGUGCGACGUGGCCAGCGUUCUGGACGUGCACCAACGACAGGUGGCCAGCUGGAGGCGAGAUCGACAUCAUCGAAGGCGCCAACGACCAAGGGCCACGCAACUUGGCCAGUCUGCACACGCUCUACGGAUGCCACAUCGCAGGCGGCUACCGCUCCGACCAGACCGGCUUCACUGGUCAGCCCGACUGCUCCUAUCAACCCGGCUGCUCUGCAUCCUUCACCGCCAACAGCUCGUACGGCCCGCAAUUCAACCAGAACGGUGGCGGCUACUUUGCCAUGCGCCGCGAGACGGGUCCUGGCGAUCCUGGCAUCGGCGUCUACUUCUGGCCGCUCAACACGGCCGCAUCCAACCUGCCUGCAGCGGUGAGCGCCAUCGCUGACGGUCGCGCAGCGCCCAAGUACGUCGUCACCAACGCCAACGCCACGGGCAACGACCGACGCGAGCUCGCCAAGUGGGGCACACCUUCCGCGUUCUUUGCCAACGUCGCCAACUCGUCCGCUAGCGCUACUGCACUCGCCACGGGUGCAGAACCCGUCUGCCAGAUGCAAAACUUCUUUGGCGACCACGAGAUUAUCAUCAACCUCUCGCUCUGCGGCGACUGGGCCGGCGAGACGUUCGGGUAUAGCGGAUGCGCCGCAGCCAACGGUAAUGUCUCUUGCGACAACUUUGUACGCAACAAUCCGUCGCAAUUUACAGACGCAAGAUGGGAGAUCGACUACAUGCGAGUCUACGACAAUGCGGCCGCGAGCAGUGGUCGAUCUGCCCAGUGGCUGUGCUUCAGCAUCGCACUUGCACUCAUCGCAUGCUUGACCUUGUAG